CGCAGAGUGGAAAGCACGAAGAAACAUGUAUAGCUUUUAAUGUGUGCAUGGAGAAGUCUUUGACCUGCAUAUGCUAUAUGGUUGACUGAGGUUGGCAGCUGUGAAGUCCACGAUUCCAGCAUCUUUUUGCAUGCUCUUUGCGUGCUUCUUAAUUUUGCUGAGGGUAGCCUAGGAGAGACCUAUGUCGCUGAAGGAGCUCAAGUCGCUGGCGCCAUGGAACUGGGAUGCGCAAGCCACGAAGCAUCCUCCAGGAAAGGCAGCUUUGCAGGACUUCGAAAAGCUGGAGUCAGUUUACUGCACGAAGCGGGACAAAAAGGAGGGCCAAUCCACGCAGACCCCCGGUCCCGCCAAGACGCCAAGAGAGCAUCAACGGCCCGCGGCGGGAAAUGAAAACAUGGGCUGGGAGACGCCCGCAUCUAGCGGCCAAGGGAGGAAGGCUGCUAGCGCAGAUCGAGCGCGCACCCUGCUAAAGCGCAAAGCAGCCGAUUUACAGACGCCUCAGGUUCAGCGGCCCUGCCGUGGCGGUCGCGAGAGACACUCCCAGCACCCCGACUCCUCAACACCACACACCGCGUCUCAAGCCCUGCUACCUGAAACUGACGUUUCCCAUUGUGCCGUGUCUGAGCACGCUGGGACCGCUCCCGCCAGCCAAGCAGCUGCGACGGCAAUCACCACCGCGGCAGUCGACGCUAGCGGCGAGGUGGCCACCGGAACCAUGUACGGCACGGGGACUGCCGUACUGGGGGUAAAAGCGAGCCAGACUCCGGCUCCGGUGCCGUACGACAGCUCCAUGCGUCCUCCGAAAUGGACACCAGCGCUGACCCGUGGGACACCGGCAGCGCUACUUGCUCCGUCGCCCUCCGUAUCCGGUGGAAGUGGGGUACGGCAGCGUGGUUAUGGCGGCGGCAGCGUAAGCGCAGCUUUGGCCAUGCAUUUUGACAGCGGCACGAUGGGAGGUGGCGGCGUUUCCCGGCCGUGGAUUCAGACGCCUCGGACCGCGCAUGAAGCAGCAACGGCGACGAAGCAGGGCUCAGAGUCUGCUGGCGAGGCGGGUGUGACGGGGCGGCUUGAGAGGCAGCGGCAACGGCGGCAGGAAGACGUUGCAAGCGGUGGCGGCGGGGUGGGUGCGGAGGCGGCCGACUGCAUGCAGGGAAUCCAACAUCCGGAGGAAAUGAUGUCGCCCAGGGCAGCCCCUGCGGGCCCAACGCCUCCUCGUCAGCCUGACGCCGAUGCAAGCCGCAUGCUUACCGGUGGUGCCGUACAGGAGCAGACCCUGCAGCAGCAGCAGCAACCGGCACCAGCAGACAUGGACGAGCGGGGAUCAUUGCCCAACGAGUACGGCAUGACAGCGUGUGGCUGCAUGUCGGUAUCACCUAGGUGCGCCGCUGCUGAGGUCGCAGGGAGCCAUGUGACGGCUGUUGCUGCGACCGCGGAGGGUGCUGCUGCAACGGCAGCAGCACCCCGGCCUUCGUCACUCCUCAAGCUGACGCCCACCACCCACAAGCGCUUUUUGCUGCUGGGGGCUGUGGUGGAGGGCAUCUCCUCCGCCCUCCCGCGCCCACGUGGGCCCAGCAACGGCGGCGACAGUCCCAUGGGUCGGUCACACGGCUUGGCGGCGGCGGGAGCAGCAGCACAUGCCAGCCAAUCCGCUCCCGCUGUGUACGGUCAAGAGGACGGUCAGGAGUAUGACCCAGCUGUAGCACGUCCCUCCCCAGCGGCUGCCUCUCAUGAUGCAGCCCCGAAGUCUGCCUUGCACCCCGAUGGAGGGGCCCGGGGGAAAGCGCUGUCCGGACAUGCGGCUGCAAGUGCAGAGGCGGCGCCGCAGCUCACACCUGCAUCACCUGCGUCUGAUGAGGCAGCUGCUGCCAUGCUCUGCCUGAGCCAGGCAGGCGGGCGGGCCGCCGGCUGGGCUCAGAUGGGGCAUGGCAGGAUGGACAGCGGCCUAGCAGCUGACCCGCAUGGUGGGGACAGGGCGGCCCCCGCCGCUCCAACGUCGCAAUCUCCCCUGACCCAACGACAAGCGGCAGCAGCAGCUGCAGUGGCUGGCGGCAGCAGCAGCGGCGCCGUAUCUCGUCCUGGUGAGGACCCCGCAGCGGCCGCCGUGCAGGGCGGCGUCCUGGCGCCCUUCCCAGCGGCGCCAACCGCAGCUCUGCAGCCGGGAACUGCCGCCGCCGCAGCAGGUGAGCUGUCCUCGCUAGCAGCCUCCGGGGCCGCUGCAGCACAGGCCGCCGCUGUGGCGACCUCCUCGCACGCGUACAUCGCCCCCGGCAGCAGCAGCCGCAUCCCUGCAGCUGCAGCAGCUGCUGCCAGUCACCAACACCGCGAUCACCAGGGGCAACCGAACGACCCCGCAUGCAAGGACGCCCAGUCCAACCCCGCUGCAGCAGCAGUAGCACAAGGUGACGCCGGAAAGCUGGCCUCGUCUGUAAUUCCGUUCCCCCGGCUAGCCGGCAUCGCCCCCCGUCCCAAGCCCACCAGCAACCCGGGGCCCGCAGCCCUACCUGCUGCAAAGGCGGCUAGUGCUAGUCUGUGCCAGGCUGCACCUUCCCUGGGAGCAGCGCAACCAGCACAGCAGUCAGCAGUCGUCGGAGCAGCGGUGCCCCGAGCACCGGAAGCCUUGUCAUGCCAAUUGCCAGAGCAGCAACGAUCGCAAGAGCCACAACAGGAGCCACGACAACAGCAGGAGCAACACCUGCAGCGAGCAGGGUCGGCUGGCAACCAGGUCUCGGCGGCCGGGGGGCACCCACAUCCCGCUGCCAUAACCGGUUCCCCGCUUGUGGCAACGGCGACACCACCAAUAGCCCCACAGUGCGCCGCCGUUGCUGGAGCUGCUACUGCAGACGCCUCCGCUGCUGCUGGUACUGCUGUUACAGGCGUUGUUCCCACUCCUGCUGCUGCUGCUUCUCCCGCGCCGCCUAGCAGCACGCUUGCUGACCAACCUGGCCCGUCCUCAUCGGCCCCAGCACCAGCAGCAGCGGGUGUAGCUCAGUUGAGUCCGCAGCAGCUGCUGGUGCUGGGGCAGCUGCUGGGCUACUUCCGAGUCGCGGGGUGCCGCCACCCGGCAGCCAUGUCGGCAGCGGAGCUGGUGGCGGCGAUCACGGGGUUCUGCAAGUCCGCCAGCAUCCCCCCGGCGCCCGCCAACAUCCAGACCCUGGCCUCCUGGCUUGGCGCCCUGCUGGCCUUGGAGCGCCAGGAGCCUGCCAGGCCGCAUGCAGAGGCGGGGCAGCAGCAGCAGCAACAGCAACAACCAUGCAGAGGCAGCGCAGCAGCAACUACUAACACCCAGGAAGAGCCUGUUCAGAGGCCGCAGGAGCCUCACGGCCCCGGUGCCAUGCAAGACCUGCAAGGCCGACCAGCUGAGGCGAAGCUAGCGAUGCAGGUGCAGCCGGAGCCGCCCGCGCCUGGCAGCGUGAUGGACGACGACAAGGCAACAAGCCCCUCGCAGCAGCAGCAGCAGUCGUCACAACAACCGCCACAGCCCACCUAUGCUCCUGAGCGCAACCCGCCGCCUGGCGACCCACAUCACCCUGCGGCAGCGGAACAGCGGCUGCAGGGGCAGCAGCAGCAGCCCUGGCAGCAGCAACUUCAUGCAGACAACGACUGCACGCAACGGCAACCGGCUGCGGUGCCCUGCACUGCUGCAGGGGCGAAUGAGAACGGCUGCAGGGGUCAGGCCCCGGUGGGGGCCCUCAGCGACGACGCUGCCCCACAACCUGCGGGCGCCUCACAAACCGAGCGCCAGUCGCCGAUCCCUCCCCAGCAGCAGCUGCCGCGGCACAUGGACGGCCCGGCUGCCAUGCCUCCACCGCCGGCCUUGGGACCGCCGCCGUCGCAGCAGCGCUUGUUGCAACAGCCUGAGAGCAUGGUCCUCUUGCCACAACAGCAAAUAGAAGAACGGCAGCACCAGCAGCAGCAGCGAGGACACGAGUCGGAGGCCACAGGCGCGUUCGAACUGUCCUGUGAACACCAGCAUCAGCAACCGCACGUGCAACCCCAGCCGCUGCUUCCGCACCCCGAGCAGUCCGAGCGCCGCAUCAUCGCCACAACUGCUGCUGCCAGCGGUGCCAAGUACACCCCCAUGGACAUCGACACCGCCUCGCCUCCCUCCUCCCUCGCCCGCUGCCUCCCCAUCCUGCCCCUGCAUCCCGGGCGCCCGCUGGGCCCCACCCCCCUGGAGCAGCUGGAGUCGGACUGGCUGCGGCUGCUGUCCCCCGCUGUCACCGCCCUGUACCACCAGUUGGAGAGCUGCCAGCAGGCGCUGAGGGCGGCCCUGCUGGGCACCGCGGCGGCAGCAGCAGCAGCAGCGGUAGCAGCAGCCACCCCGGUGACAGCAUAUGGGUCAGCUGCUGCAUCACACCCGCACAAGCAGCAGCCAGCGUCAUUCCCCGGGGAGCAGGCAUCCAAUGUCGUGCGACAGCAGCCGGCAGCAGCAGCUGCAUGCGCGCCGCCACGAUCGUCGGUCGAGGAGGCUGUGGAGCAGGAGCAGCCUCCUGCACCUCUACAACCUCAGCAGCAGCAGCAACAACAACAACAGCCGGGCGCAUUGUACGCUCAGCAGUUGCUGAUCGCACUCCAGCAGCAGCGGCAACGAAUGGCUGCUGCUGCGGCAGCAGCAAUGGAUGUGGGUGCAACCGGAACAGCGUCGGGGGCUCCAGUAGCAGCAGCACCGAUAGUGGAGGCCGACAAACGCCAAGAGCAGCUGCAGCUACAGCCCAAUACGACAUCGCACAGCCAUGCAUGCGGCAUUUCUUACCUCUUUCCCGGUGCAGCUGCUGCUGCACUUGCCAGUCACAUGACUGCAGCGGUAUCGGCACCCGUCGGGCCCAUGCGGACCCCUGCCCAGCCCGCCCAGCCGCAACAGCUGCCGCUAACAGAGCAGCCGGCAGCGCAAGCCACGGCAACGACAUUGCAGCAACGCAUGUCGGCCCUAGGCAACGGGCGGCGUUAUGGGUCGGCCUUCCAGACGGUGCGGCCAGCAGCAGCUGGUACGGCGGCGGCGGCGGCGGCGCGGGCUUCUGUGGCGCCAGCGCCUCAAUGUACGACAUCCACCUCGCCGCCGCUACUGUCGUCACAGCAAGCUAAGCCGCAAGGGCAAGGACGCUUGGCCUCUGUCCCGUCCAUGCCAGAACAGCAAACCACUGCAGCAGAUUUGAUGGCGGCCUGCCUACCCCACCAGCAAGCCCCUGCUGCGCUUGCUCAUGGUGCUUCUGCCGCGGCGCCCAUUGCUGCUGCCUCUGCUGCUAAUACUAUAUCCGGCAUCCAGAGUAACGGCACAAACGGUGAAGCCCCCCUGUCAGUGUACGAGCACCACCACAGCCGCCUCGCUGUCGCCCACAGGCCUCAGACGGUGACACCGCCGUUGCUGCCGGCAUGCGAAUACAGCCAGCUGCAGCAGCAAGGCCCGCCACCCCAGCUCCCUCCGGACUCUGCCGUACCCGUGCCCCCACCUGCCGCGCCAACGGCAGCAACUGCUAGCCCGCUCCCUGCGACACUCAAUUCCGGCAUGCUGCAGCCCUCUCCUGCUGCGCCGCCGCAGCCACCACCGAUGCAGCCUUCACCUUUCCCGCCCGCGGCAGCACCGUAUCUUCACACGGCUGCAGCCGGCAUGUACGGAUACCAGCGUCCGUUAAGUACCGGUAGUGGAUGGCCCAUGCCGUACGGCCAUUCGUACGGCUGGUAUCCUCCGUCGUACAACCCACCCGCCGCCGCUGCUGCCACCGCCGCUGGCGCGGCAUACGCGCAUGCCGCUCGUAUGGCCUACUACGGAGCUGUCGGCGCCGCUGCAUCAACGGCAGCAGCAGCGGAUUGUCCUAGUGCUGCUGCAGCCCUUGCAACCACCGAACACUCCCCAGCUGCAGCGGCUGGUGCGACGCUCCUGAUGGAGCAGCUGCCGUCAUCGUUGCGUCACCGCUCGUCUUCACAGUCCUCCGGCGUACCGGGCGCACGGCCGCCCGCUGCCGUGGGGCCUCUUGCCAGGUCUGCGGCCAAUGGGACUGCGGCCAAGCAGGGAAGGCUACGAGGCAAGCUGGCUGGGAACAGGGCGGGGGGCAGCAACCCUUAGGGCCCUUCGUUGUAAACCCGGUGAUGGCAGUGCUGGCGGGCAUGACUGGUGAUGCGGAGGUGUACAUAUACAUGCAUACAGGACAGGCGAGGACAGUUCGGGUGGCGUGGUGCAAGGUUGCGAGUUGGUGAGCAUCCGCAUGCGUGCGAGUUGCCGGGCGACCGUGUCCAGGCGAGGGCCACGUGGCCACGUGGUGUGAUUUAACUGGAGUCGAAUGAGCCGGUGUGGUGGAGGGAGUCGAGUUGGUCUGGAGGGUUGGGCUGCUGCUUCCGGGGUUGAGAUGCAGAUGGGGUUAAGAGGGGCGCCCGUGUUGGCAUGCCAGCAGCCGCUUCUGGAUGCGGUAGCAAAGCGAUGGCCCGUGGCUAGGACUCAAUGAGUUAUGGUGGGUCGGGUGAACGAAUGUGCCCAGCCAAGGACCUGAGGCGAAGAGGUGCUGAUGACAAGGGCAUGCACACAUGCAAGGGCUAGCAUGGUAACGUAGUGCGACCUGCACUCAGGCUGCACACACCUGCACUCAGGCCGCGCGAGGGGAAGGUUGCAACAUAUUGAACGGAUCGCUGCCCAAGCGAAUCUCGAGACCGCGCAUUCGCGAAUGGGAAGUUAGGAGUUGUCUUGUGUGAACUACUGGCCUAGUACAAAGCAUGUGCGGUGCAAGUGCCUCGGCAUGCUGCCACUAAGACUAGCAAGAGGAAACCGGGUUGUUUGUGUGCACGCGAGUCCGACUUGCGAGGUUAAGGGGCCCAUGCCUCGCAUACGGUAGCAUGUCCCCCUAGGGCACACAGCCCGAAUGACACAUUGAAAGUGGUCUGAGUUGCCUGGCGGCAAGGCAUGCACGGUAGGUGAGGGCGGUUCACACAGUGGGUGCUGUGAAGCGAGCGGACAAGCAACUGACAGGGGGGGUGGGUUGCCUGAUGGACAGUCCCGCUGUGCGUUAUGUGCUGCCGAGCGCUGCAACGAGGUG